GCCGGGGUCAUUUCAGAGGAGAUUGGCCAAACAUUAAAGGAGAAAGACCAGGUCUCCCAACUCACCCUCCUCCUUGAUUCUGCUAAGUUAGAGAUCAAUGACCGGGCAGAAAGGGAGAGGAGACUUGAGGAAGAGUUGAAGGAAGAAAGGGCCCGGUUUGCUCUUUUGGAGGAGGAAAAGCAGAGAAAGAUCGCCGAGCUCGAGGAUGGCUGGGCCAGGCUGAAGAAUCUGCCCGGGCUAAGGAGGAGGCCUUUCCUUCUGAAGCUGCUGACUGGGCUGCGCGCAAUCACACAGAGAUCUUGUAGCCUUGAGAACGUUCAGAUCACUUUGUGCCUGACUAGUCUUCUGGACCAGUUUGUGUCUAGGUUGAAGCGCAUCAAACGUCCAGGUCGGUUUCUUCCUCGCCUGUUUUCUGACCCAGUCAACUUCCAGGUUCUAAUGGCUUGGUUGCAAUAUGUAACCAGCAUGACGUCAAAUAUCCUGUCCAG